GUAUGAGCAGCAUCUGUCACGUUAUGACGCAAAAGGCCUUUGGCAACCUGAUAAGGCUGUCAUCCUCUGAAUUGUAAUUAGUGAAUCAUACUGUGAUAGGAGCUAGCUAGGAUUGAGAGUUGCAGUUCUUUCCUAAGCAAGCAGUGAGGAAUUAGUUAAAAUGGAGCAAGACAAGAAGAGUGCUUUCUAUCCACCUAGUGCUCCACCUCUUGAAGCUAACCCGAGUCUUCGGAUGCCUGAGCCACCGCCCUCUUACUCUGAUAUAAACCAUCAACAGGGUGCCCAUGCUGGGGCCCCAGAAGCACCCCCACCCUAUUGUCCUUUCCCACAACCAGGACCUCAGGGAUCACAAUACCCUGCAUACCCUAGAGGGCCAUACAAUGUGCCGCAACGGCAACCAAGUCCCCAAUAUGGCUAUCCCUCCAUGGGACCGCAGGGACCGUAUCCCCAAGCGGGACCGCCGUAUCCCCAAGCGGGACCGCAUCCCCAAGCGGGACCGCAUCCCCAAGCGGGACCGUAUCCCCAAGCGGGACCGUAUUCCCCACCGGGGUUGGCCACCACUGUGAUUCACAUGCCGGUGGAGGGUCAAUUUGAUGCUGGAGCGCGGUUCCAUCCCAUGGCUCCGCGUUCGAUCCCUCCUCCGCCCCCAGGGUGCAUCCCCAACUCGGCUCAAGUAUCAGUGAUGCAGGGACACCCCACGCCACAUGUGCGGCAGAAGAAGGGCGGAUUUUGGAACGGCUCCGGAGGGGGUGGUUUCACAUUUUGGUGAACUACUCAUCUUUGAGCGAAGCUAUUCUUGAUUUUGAAAUAAAUUGGCUUGUUGCAUUCUAAAA